AUGGCCGAGCAAUCUGAGGAGAAGCAAGCCCCAUCCGAGUGGGUGAAGAUUGUGUCCAGAAACGAUGGACACACGUUUAUUGUGCCUCGCGAAGUUGCCAUGACCAGCGGUUUCCUUCGCCACACCUUUGAUCCAGAAGGCAUGUCGACUCCCGAGCCGUAUCGGCGCCACCUCACCGUCGACAGAGCGAUAAUUGUGGAAAAAGUGAUGGAGUAUCUCUCACAUAAACACCUUUAUGGUAAAGCGGAUGCAAGAGAAGAGAUUCCCGACUUUCAGGAAAGAAUUCCCCCGGACAUUGCACUCGAACUGCUUAUGGCGGCAGAUUUUCUCGAAACAUGA